AUGUUAACCCCAAAGUCACCCGCUGUUCGCGCUGCAAGCUUAGGAAGCGGGCGAUAUCCUCCUGUUCCAGGUACCAUCAAUGCAAUGCAAUCGCCAUUUUUACAGUCCCCCCCGCCUCCGAGAUUUGCAGAGGGCGCCCCCAGGUUGAAUGUUGACUCUGCUUCCUCCACGGUUCCCAGUAGAUUAACUCAGCCUCGCCGUACAACUCACGCUGCAAAUAUUUUCUAUGAUCAGCGACCGCCGAAUAACCCCCAGUCUCAAGAGACAAGCCCACGCACUCCUCAAUCAUCAUAUAGUUCAUUCAGCCAGGCAUCACCUGCUCCAGUUCCGCCGGCUCACAUUCAGCAACAGCAUCAGCAUCCUGCUCCCAUAUCAAAUCCAGCUAUGUCUGGGUCAUCCAGGAGUGCCAUAGCUCAGUCACUUUUUGGGGACCGUACGGGGGAUCCCGCAAACGUGCCUCCUUGGUCCAUACCCCUCGUUCUCGACACAGAUUCCGGAUCAAUCAAAGCCAAGAUAAAACGUGAAAAGAAUAGCAGUGCUUCCAAAAGGUUUAGACAAAGGAAGAAGGCCGUGGAGGAAGAACAAAUGCAGACCAUUAGAAGACAAGAGGAGGAAAUCAGGAGUCUUACUGAAGAAAGAGAUUUCUAUCUUAGAGAGCGAAAUUUUUUCCGGGAUAUGUAUUCAAGGACCCCUGGUGCCCAAAUACCCCAACGGCCACCGUCGCCUCGGACUUUUAAAUCUCGGGCCACUUCUCUUGCCUCAGAUGAAGGGGAGCGCACUUCGGUUGACCCAGACGACAGAGGGAGAGGCACAGGGGGGCGCAAUGUUAGGCAGAGAACCGGGGCCGGGCCAAUCCAUCUACCAUACCCGGGAUCUCAGACUCCUAGUCCAUUCGUCCCUACUUCAACAAUAUCCCCUUCUACUCAAACACCGCCUGCUCCAUCCUAUCCACUGUCAUACCCAUCGACCUGGCGUGCGCCUUCUGUGAAUACCACUUCCCAACCCGGAGACAUAACUUCAACCACAUCACCGGCAGCUCAAACCAGUCCACAUGAGAGCCAACAACAACAGCAAGGUCCACCGUUUCCACACCCUCAGCAACAACACCAACAUGAACAGUGA